GUUGAACCUGAGGUUCAUGCGAGAAUGAAUACAGCUGGAGCUCGAGUUAGGGUCAAAAUCGAUCCAAUUGAGGCAGCAGCAGUACAGGCGACAAGCGCCGAGGGUCUAUUCGAUAAAUACGGUCGGAAACAUAGCUAUCUGCGGAUAUCGUUGACAGAGCGAUGUAAUCUGAGAUGCACAUACUGUAUGCCGGCUGAAGGCGUUCCACUGAAUCCGCACGCAAAUCUUCUGACUACUGAUGAAAUUAUCCGACUCGCGGAAGUUUUUGCGGCAAAUGGUGUGGAGAAAAUCCGUCUGACCGGUGGUGAGCCAACCCUACGAAAGGAUUUGGUGGAUAUCGUUGUUCCAUUGGAAAAUUUUGCAGCGCGAUUGUCCGCGAUCCGUGGAAUCCGUCAAAUUGGUCUCACCACGAACGGUAUUGUGCUGGCUAGAAAGCUUGAGCAGCUGGUUGAGGCAGGCUUAACGAAGCUGAACGUUAGUUUGGAC